UUCCAUUUCAUGGUUAAUAACAUUUAAACAUAAUUGAUUUGGUUAUUACCAUGGUAACAAUUUGAACUUAAACUCUAAACAAAGUUCAUUGUUUUCUAGCUCGAACUGGAAUCAUUUUGCAAUAGUUACUGGGCUGGUUGCCCUACACUCGUUCAUUAAAGCGAAAAAGACAGGUGAGAUCGAGGUCUUUAAUCCUGGCUCUUAUAUCCGACCUACGUAGAUGGACGCAAGGUACAUUCUUUGAACUUCUGUCCAUACAGCACCUGGAAGCCUAACAAACAUUGACCUAAUUAAUUAAUGUCUCCAACUGCUCCGAAGUUAGAAGUGGUAACAUGACUUGGGCAAUUGGACUUGCGUCGCAACUGGGUUCAAGCAAUUCAUAGGAAAAGUUGGACCCGGCAAAACAUGACCUUGUCACUUGUCAGUCAUCUUAGAACCACCUGCUUCCCAUCCCUGUUCCUUCCAGAGGCGCUUUGGCUUCCCCAUCCAUGUAUCCAACAUCAUCAAUGAUCCCAAGUCUUCACCAAAUCCUAGGGUGCAUCCGUAGAAAUGGUAAAUUAAUCAGAAUUAAUCAAUAAUUAUAAGUUUUAACCAUUCAAACAAGACCAGGCUGCUGUAUGAUAUUGAGAUACAACAUGAGACCACUUCAACCCUUUAAUUAUACAGCAGCUAUAUAAGUAGCUAGCAGUCUGGGUAUAGGAUAUAUAUCUCACCCUUAAUUCCUCAGCAAAAGCACAAACAAUUCAUCAAACUGAGAUAUCCUCAUUUACAGUUACCACUGUUAGCUCCAAAAUACGUAGAAGCAUGAUGAGAGGAGCUGAUCAGCUGCACUCUGUACUGGCUGUUACUUUUCUUCUCCUUGCGUCCAUUGCGGCAGCAUUCGAUCCAAGCCCUCUUCAGGACUUCUGUGUCUCCAUUGACGACCCCAAGCUCGGUGGUACGCAAAUAUAUCCACUCCUCAGCCUUGAGCAAAUUAAUUUCUUGUUUGACUAUGCAUGAUAAAGUGCCUAAUGGGAAUUUCUUCUACAUAUGCAGUGUUUGUGAAUGGCAAGUUCUGCAAGGACCCAAUGCAAGCCAAUGCCGACGACUUCACAUUUCGUGGCCUCAACUUGCCCGGAAACACAUCCAAUCCGGUUGGCUCAAACGUCACUUUGGUUAAUGUCGACCGAUUGAAAGGGCUCAACACUCUUGGCAUCUCUUUGGCUCGUAUCGACUAUGCCCCUUAUGGUGGUCUGAACCCUCCUCACACCCACCCUCGUGCCACCGAAAUUCUUGUGGUGGUCAAGGGCUCUCUCCAUGUCGGGUUUGUCACCUCCAACCCUCCCAAGCUCUUCACAAAAACCCUACACGUUGGAGAUGUUUUCGUCUUCCCAAUCGGUCUCAUUCACUUCCAAUUAAACGUGGCCAAUACCAACGCUAUUGCUUUUGCCGGAUUGAGCAGCCAGAAUCCAGGCACAAUUACUAUUGCCAAUGCGGUUUUUGGUUCCGAUCCCGCUAUCAAUCCUGAUGUUCUCACCAAGGCAUUCCAAGUGGACAAAAACUUGGUGGAUUACCUCCAAAAGCAGUUCUGGCCUGAAAAUUAAUAGAUAAAUCACGAGGCGCCAUGCUACUACAUAAGCUAGAGCUUGUCAUUUUACAUUUGUUGUGUAUGACUUAUUAUUGUUUUUUUUUUCUUAGCACCCACUUUGCUUUGUGGCUAUUAUUUCUUUUGUACGCUUACAAUAACGGAUUAUAAAAUAAAUAAAAGGCUAUAAUAGUGUCCAAAUUUGUCAUUAAGUUUUUUACAUGAAUUUGUUUUAUUAAGUAUAGCAUUGAGUGGCAAAAAAUGGCAUGUUUCGUCAAGUGAUUGCCAAAAUUAGUGAUAAAGAAUUAACAUAAGUAAUUCCUUGAACUUAUCUUGUCAGAUCAUUAAAGUUUUGUGAACAUACCUGGAGAUCAUUUCGAUGCGGAAACCGUAGGACGAUCUAUGACCUGACGAUACUGACAACAGCACGACCCGAGAAGUAUUUGCAGUCUUCCUCAACCAAGCCGCAUCGGUUCCUCUAUGGGAUUCUUUGAUCUUCCCGAUGGAGAGAAAAAGAGAGUGUGUUUUGAGAAUCACAACCUCAAACUCUUUAUAUACUAAUCAUCAUAGGCUCCCAUAAAAUCCAAGAUGACUAAGUAUUGUGUUUCCACCCAUUGGACCCAUAUUGGGCUUGAGUAAUCAUGCGCCACAUAAAAUUAAUCACUUGUGAUUAGUCCAUCUUAAUCAAAUAGUCAUAUAAUGUGUUGUGAAUUGACAGCCCACUUAAGUUAUGAAAUGUAAUUCCUAAGAAUCUCCCACUUGGGCUCACUAAUUUUCACAACGACUACUCUUUGACAAUCUGGUCCACCUCAUGUAUCAAUUAUGGGAACAAUGCGACUUUAAUCACGAUAUGAUAAUGAUUAAACCACCAUGAUCACCACACCAAUACAAUCAAUGAAAUAGAUCAAAUAUGGAUGAGGGCGUGAAAAUUACAUGCAAUGUGAUCGUGACCAUGCAUAUUUUCAAUUGGUCCAACUUUAGUACUUAGUGAGAUCAACUGAAAUUUAUUCAUACAAUGUGACCACUGUAUAACUAAAUGGAAUUUAAAUUUCAAAAUAGACUAUCGAAAACCAUCAUUUUAUUCUACAUAAAUUGAUUUAGUCAUAACUAUUGAACAUACUUAAAUGACUCCCACUAAACCAAUGUAUCAUUCGAAAUAACACUCAUGCGGGCAAUAUGCUCAUGGAAAAUCUUUACGUGUCAAACUAUUGGCUAAUGGAUAAGCUAGCAAUAGUCAUUUCAUUAACGUUCGAUAGAAACUUGUCUAUUUUGAACUUUAUCUUUAUCAUCUUUAGUAAACGCAUUACACGUUUAAUUCUUUAUAGUGUUGCAUACAUAGAUUAUUCAAAUAUCUGCCAAAUACUCUUAACCACAAAUGCUAUACUGGGAUGAGAAUUAACUAAACUGGUUGAGACUCUACUGUCUCCUUUAGCUAUAAUACAUAUCCUGAUUUUCAAACUUUCAUGUGAAGUCUACUUAAACUUUAUCGAUAUCUCUUUUGAAAUGUAGUAUACAUUCAGAAUUUAUCUCUUAGUAUUUCGUUUUAGAAACUAUUGAUCUCGUGCAUUAAGCAUAUAUCUCUACUUGAAAGUAGAACAUCAAUACUGUAUAUAAAACAGGAAAAUAAAUUUACUCCCACUGAACUUAAGAUAUACACAAUCAUCUGCAACAUUAGACUCUAAAUCUGAAUGAGCUAAUAACGAGAUGAAAUUUUUUAUAUCAAUAAUGAGAUUCUUAUAUGAGCCACCAUUGCCAUUAUACUUCUAAAAGAGUCUUUCAAAUAUACUAUAGAGAAAGUCUCUUUGAGUCAAUGCUUUCCUUAUGAGUAAAGCCUUUAGCGACCAACAUGCCUUAUAUCUCUUAUUGACUUCAGCACAUGACAUUAAUCCACUUUUCACAACUAUUCAUGACCUAACUAAAAAUGAAUUAUUAGUCAAACU